CAAAUCCCCGGGCCGCCCAGCUCAAUUCUUCUAUGGCCUCGAGCAGUUACCAGUUAAUCCCGUGCGUGCGUCACCCGCGUGCCAUGGCCCUAUAAAACCGGCCGGCUUUAUUGCGACGCCCCGCACGGCCAGCCCAACCCGCCCAAGUUACCCGCCCGCUCACCAGCUUCUUCCCGGCGAGGGACCACCAGCCGAGGCGAUGCAGCCGUCGUCCUCCAGGGCGAGAUCCCGGUCGUGGGGGGCCGCCGGGCCCUGGGGCACCGCCGCCACCCCGCCCCUGUCUCCCAGGCCGCAGACGACGAAGCCUCGACACGAGCGCAGCAGGUCCACCACGUCCACGUACUCGCCACUCCUCCCCUCAGAGCCACAGCAGAGUCACGGCGACAACGGCUGCAUGACGGCGCCGGCGCGGCUGGAGGAGGAGGAGGAGCUCAGUAGCCGUCCGGCGACGGAGACGGGAGGGGAGGCGGCGAGCGGCGGCGCCGACGCGGGGAUGGAGAGGGUGGUGCGGCGCCUGGAGCUGGAGGCGGCGGCGGCCAAGCAGACGGAGAUGAAGAUGCUCGAGUCGCUGGUGCGGCAGACCAAGGAGCUGGAGCAGGCCAAGAUCGCGCUCGAGGAGGCCAGGCUCGAGGUCGCCGCGCUGCGCCAGCAGCAGCAGCAGCAGCAGCAGGAGGAGGCCGGCCCGGCCCCGCCGGCGCAGCAGCAGCAGCAGCAGCAGCAGCAGUGGAGCGUGAUGGACCUCAUGUUCGGCGGCGUCGACGAGGAGAUCAACGGCCUCCGGGCCCGCCUCCGGGCCGCGUCGCAGGCCGAGGAACGGAGCCGGAAGGCGGCCGACGACCUCACCGCCGCGCUGUCCGCGGUCACCAUGGAGGCCAGGCAGGUCAAGGCCUGGCUCUCCGACGCGCAGGCCGAGCUGGAGGCCGCCAACGCGGAGGUCGACCGGCUCCGGGGCCUGCUGCAGGGCGCCGAGGCGGAGCUGUGGUCCGCCACCGAGCAGGUCGGCACGCUCACCUCCGAGUGGAAGGAGGCCGCCGCCGGGUGGCGCGCCAGGGAGAAGGCGCUGCUGGCGCGCGCGCGCGCCGCCGAGGGGGAGGCCGCGGCGGCGCGGCGGGAGAACGCCGACCUCGCCGGGGCGCGCCGGGCGCUCGGGGACGAGAACGACGCCCUGCGCCGCGCGCUCGAGCAGGCCGCCGAGGACGCCAACGCCGCCACGGAGGCGCUCGAGCUCGUCAGCGGCGAGAACGCCGACCUGCGGGACGCCGCCGCCGACAAGGAGCGCGACCUGGAGGCCCUGCGGCGGGAGAACGAGAGCCUCAGUGUCAGCGAGGCCGCGGCGCGGGAGCGCGCCAAGGACCUCGAGGCCCAGGUCCUCGUGGCGACCGACGACGGCGCCGCGGCCGGGAAGGCGGCGGCGGAGAUCCCGCUGGUGGAGAAGUGGAGGCGCGAGGCCGCGCAGGGCAAGCUGGGCGCGGCGGCGUUCCUGGACCCCGGGAGGGUGCUCCCGGGGCGCAAGGACCGGAUGUUCGCGUCGCUGAGCAACCUCGCGGAGCUCAAGUCGGCGGCGGCCGCGGCGGCCAUGGACGACUACGACUACGAGUUCGACCACCUGGACGUGGGCCAGUACGGCGGCGGCGGCGGCGCCACGGAGCACGCCAAGAAGCACAAGAAGCGGCGGUCGAUCCUGCGCAAGUUCGGGGACCUCUUCCGGAGGAGGAGCAUGUACAAGCCCGACCUCGGGCCGGAGCUGCACAAUCACUACUAGAACAACCUAGGCAGUAGAUCAUAGAUGCUGGUGAGGUCGAUCAUUUGAGUGAUGAUACACAUACAGAAUAAUUAGCGAACAAAGUGUGUCGUCGUCAUCAAGGUUCUUCGGAACACCAUUCUCUGCCGAGAGCCUGAAGCUCUAAUAGGUGGCAUCCGUUCUGUUUGGAUCUAAGUGCUAAUGGAUGAAAAUGUUAGAUUUUAAUACUGAUCAUUGAAAUAGGAAUGCUAAUAGGUUGACUAA